GGAGCAUCGUAGAGAGAGGGAGAGAAAGAGAGGGAGAGAGAAACACAGAAACCGAAACACGGCCAGCGAUACAGAGAGGGAACCAAAGCAAGUGUCCAGCGAAUGUCAGCCGCGUCCUGCCGCCGCCAAUGCUCUGUCCUCGCAUUCCUGUGUGUGCCACCUGACACGGUUUAAAGCGCCACAGAGGAACAGACGCGCACCUCCUCGGCUACGAACCACGAGUCCUCAAGCGGGCUGCGUUGAUCAGGAGCACCUGACAUUUGCAGUGGCUGACUCACUGACCGGAUCAUGGCACAGACCAACACUGGAGGGCAGGGGACCAACGGUGUAGCGGACGAGUCCCCCAACAUGAUAGUGUACAGAAAGAUGGAAGAAGUAAUAGCACGCAUGCAGGAUGAAAAGAACGGCAUUCCCAUCCGAACGGUGAAAAGUUUCCUGACCAAAAUCCCCAGUGUCUUUUCAGGUUCUGAAAUUGUUCAGUGGAUGAUCAAGAAUCUAGACAUCGAAGACCCAGUGGAAGCCCUUCAUUUGGGAACGCUGAUGGCUGCACACGGUUACUUCUUCCCCAUCUCAGACCAUGUCCUCACACUCAAAGACGACGGAACCUUCUAUAGAUUUCAGACUCCAUACUUUUGGCCAUCAAACUGCUGGGAACCGGAAAAUACAGACUAUGCUGUUUACCUCUGCAAAAGAACAAUGCAAAACAAAGCACGGCUGGAGCUCGCAGACUACGAAGCGGAGAGCUUAGCCAGGCUACAGAGAGCAUUCGCCAGAAAAUGGGAGUUCAUUUUUAUGCAAGCAGAAGCACAAGCAAAAGUCGACAAGAAAAGAGACAAAAUCGAGCGUAAGAUUCUCGAUAGCCAGGAGAGAGCUUUCUGGGACGUGCACAGACCAGUGCCUGGAUGUGUAAACACAACAGAAGUCGACAUUAAGAAGUCCUCCAGAAUGAAAAACCCUCACAAAACCAGAAAGUCGGUGUACGGACUGCAGAAUGACAUCCGCACUCACAGUCCCACCCACACCCCCACUCCCGAGGCCAAGCAGCCCACAGAGGAGGAGCUGCAGGAACAGAUAACCUUUUGGCAAUUGCAAUUAGACCGGCAUCGACUGAAAAUGUCCAAAGUGGCAGAGAGUUUAAUUGGCUACACAGAGCAGUACCUUGAAUAUGACCCAUUCCUCACACCUCCCGACCCGUCCAACCCCUGGAUCUCAGACGACACCACACUAUGGGAACUGGAAGCCAGUAAGGAGCCAGGGCAGCAGAGGGUAAAGCGGUGGGCCUUUGGUAUCAAUGAGGUCCUUAAAGAUCCUGUGGGGAGGGAGCAGUUUCUCAAAUUCCUGGAGUCAGAAUUCAGCUCAGAGAAUCUCAGGUUCUGGCUAGCAGUCCAAGAGCUAAAGAAGCGUCCCAUCAGAGAGGUGCCCACACGGGUCCAGGAGAUCUGGCAGGAGUUCCUGGCUCCAGGGGCCCCCAGUGCGAUUAAUGUGGACUCCAAGAGCUACGACAAGACCACCCAGAAUGUCAAAGACCCAGGACGGUACGCCUUUGAAGACGCACAGGAGCACAUCUACAAAUUGAUGAAGAGUGAUUCUUACAGCCGUUUCAUCCGUUCCAGUGCCUACCAGGAGCUAUUACAAGCCAAGAAGAAGAAAAGUAAGAACUUGUUCUGAAGGGCACUGCUUCCAGGUCCAAACAAUAGGAUCCAUGAAGCUGCCCAAUCAUGUGCCAUCAAGCUUAUGUCACCAUAUGUCCCUCUCUGUGUGGGAUGAGGGAGGGAUAUCGUGUCUUCAUGUCUUCAUCAUGGUCUGUCCAUCGGCUGUGGGCCCGCGGGACAGGGGCCGGCCCAGUGUGUGUCGUCCACGGGAUGUUGCAUGUCCACCAGGAGGACAGCGCUCCUCCAUGUCUCUCCCAACAUUCCAUAUCUCCAGUGUUCUCCUACAGGCCUGCUUGGCUGGGCUCAGGACAUGGACAAAUAAAACUGGCAGUAGAGAUGUCAUCCGAGGACUUCCGGUCCAGUGUUCCAACUUUCCAUCGGAACACCUGGAUCUCUAAGCCCCUUGUUCACUUCCAGCUCCAGCCGAUGAUGUCAGAGAGGAAAAAAAUUGAAUAACAUAGUGAAAAAAUAACACAGCCACUAAUUACAAGUCAUCUCUUAACAUAGGUCACCAAUAUUUUGUCACGCUAUGGGAAGUGUUGUGCAGAAUGAAUACAUGUAAACAAUAUAUAUACAUAUAUAUUAUGAUUAUUCUUAUAAUUAUUUAUUGUGCAUUUACUUUGCUUUGCAUUCUUUUCUUGCACUACAAUAAUUAGCACCUAUGAUUUCCAUUGCACUUGUAAAGUCACAUUUCAGAUACAGCAAAGAUUCGUCUCCUGUCUCUUAUGUAAAACAUGAUUCUUUGUUAUUCUCCUGCAUUUAUUUUUAUACCAUAUUUAAAAAAAAAAAAACAGAACACUUUUACUUACUUGUAUUAUUAAAG